AUGUCGCUUAAAUACAAUCCCGAUCCUGAAGCCGUGCCGGACAAGCAUUGGGAUACAGUGUUUCUUUCUCUCCGCGAUGCUGCUGCGCGGAUUCCCAUUAACUUCAUAACAAGCCCUGGAGUGCAUCUGACCAAGGCAUGUUUCUCCGAUGGGGUCUAUGAUGAUAUCCCGGCUCAGACAUGCAUUUCCGACUUGCUGGCGAGUCAGUUUCGACGUCUGAUCGUGGACCUGUAUUGGGACAACAUCAAUCGACAGUUCAACUUUUGCCCUGUCCAACUGCCACCCUUGGCUGGUAAUGCCACGGGCGGUUACAGUGUUGAUGUCUCCGCUCUAUCCGCCAUCACGGCCACAAGCACACCUUCAUCCAAAGUCGAGACCCAUGAUUUGCUAGCAAACCCUCAAUUCAUCAAACGACAGUCUUCGGACAAUGCUACUUCCUCGACAACAGAAACCGCUGCUAGUUCGUCUUCGGACGGUGCUACUUCAUCAACAACAGAAUCCGCUGCUCGUUCGUCUUCGGACGCUGCUACUUCAUUAACAGCAGAACCCACUACUAGCUCGUCCUCGGUAUCAACCUCGAGCAGUACUACCACGACGGCCGCUCCGGUCAGUACAACGACAGGUGUUUCCGGAACCACGUUGCUCGAGCUAGGCCCAUACAAGUGCAGCCUUGAGCUGAACCUGGACUCAAUAUUGUCCUUAUACGACGACUAUUUCGACCAGACGUCUACCACAAUUUCCGCACGGUUACAUUAUUUGAUAAUCAAUAUCCAUGCCGCCGCACCGUUCACUGCACCUCUCGAUCCCGCGCAGAAUCCUAUGCAAUCGCGUCUUCCACGAACAGAAGAAUUGAUUGGGUCGCAGUUCAAGUCCAAAUUUCCUGAUGCUCUCUUCACGCCUCGUCUUUUAGAGGAAGACCGACAUGAUCUGAAUAGGUCGUGGUUGCGUGGUGACUUUGCCAGCAUGACAGACACGAGUUACUUCAGUACUUCCACGGAAGGGGACGGCUCCAUCACUCAAAACGGAUGGCCGGGGGAAGAAUGGAUUCUUCUUACAGACGGCAGGCGAAUACUCGUAAGUUGGGGCGAUGUUGACCCACAAAUGGAUGGCUACAACUUUAGCUCGGACUCGCAAAAUGUCUUUGAUGCAUGGUCCAUCGAGACAAAAGAGGGAAAUGGCACGGGAAAUUCGACAGCAAACUGUCUCUACCAGCCAGGAGAGACCACGGUGUCACAGGUAAACUCGUCCUGGGCCACCACGACCAUCAAUGGGACAAAUAUUGAUACAUUGACAAACCUGGCCCAGAACUUGACCUUUUGUGGCAUAUCGCCGAUCCUGAAUGCCACAGUAGGCGAUUCAGCGGUUCAGCAUAACUUGGAUCUAUAUCAGAAGUUUGCUCAGUCUGCCACAUUUGGGUGGGCAUCAGGGGAACCGUUGAACGUUUCCAAGCCGAGUGUCAACAUCAGCGGUUCCGCCGAUAAUUACCGAUGUGCGGUGAUCGAUUCAACCAGUGGGUAUCUGGGACGAUGGCGGGUAGAGGAUUGUUCGAAGAAGCGCCGCGUUGCAUGCCGUAUAGCUAGCGAGCCUUAUGCCUGGCGACUAUCUACAUUCACUGUGCCCUUUAGUGCAGCAUCCGAUGCUUGUCCGGAGCACACAACGUUCGGCCUCCCGCGCACGGGUCUUGAGAACACCUACCUGUAUCGACAUAUCCUAAAUGUUACCAGCACCGGUGAUGACGACGCGGACUCCAUCCUGUCGGGCACGUGGAUCAAUUUCAACUCUCUAGAUCAAGUUAACUGCUGGACGGCAGAUGGCCCGAAUGCGACUUGUCCAUAUGCUGGUCACGAGGAACAGGACCAACAGCGACAAGUCCUCAUCCCGACUAUUGCGGCGUUGAUCGUCCUGGUGCUGACAGUGUUGACGUUGCUCGUGAAAUGCAAUCAACACCGAAGAAGCAGCCGGGCGCGAAGACGUGGUGAUGAUGGAUGGGAGUAUGAGGGCGUGCCGUCUUGA